AACUUUCUCUGGGGUUCAUUCACUGAGGUUUGGACUAGAAGGAAAAGAAACCGGCAGGAGAAAUGGAUUGUACAAGCUCUACAUCAUCUGCAUGGCUCCUGGUUUAUGUGGCAAUGACGGCAAUCGCAGUCGUGUGGUCAGCGCCGACAUCUCCCCAUUAUUCUUUAACCAGUCAGACUAAAGGAGGUCUUGAGAAUGUGGCAAAUGUCUUAAUAACAGAGGCAGACAAGCUAUACUCUGAGAUCUGCAAAACUCCCAACCUGUGUGGUAGUAGUGUUGAACACAUCCUGAGAAUGGACCUGAAACUCCCAGAAAUAAAAAAAAUUGAGUCUGGAUGUCUGAGCACAAAAUUCAAUAAGGAAAAAUGUCUGCCUAAAAUCUACAGUGAUCUCCUGAAGUUCCAGACAUAUCUGGAUUUUCUAAAAGAAUCUAUGCCAAGCCAUCAAAACAUCAUUGAGUUUAUACAAGUCAAGUCCAUCUCCUUGGCAAAUGCUAUCAAACAUCUGGCACAAAAUCCAUCCGAAGACAAGGAAGACACCGCUCCUGGCAUUACAGUGGCUGAUUUAAGGUCUAAUAAUACCUGGAACCAGAAUCUAACAAGCUAUAUCAUCCUGCAGUCCUUCAAGGAGUACAUGGAGAAGACAGCUCGGGCUGUACGUAACAGUGUGAAGGCCUCUAAAUGAACACACUCAACCCACAUUACUACUAAGUAGUGAAGAUCCCCUGUUCUAUUUUCAGAACAUCCACUGUGAUUUAUGUUGCUAAAUGUUAAUUAUUACAUUUAUAAUCUAUUCUCUUAUUUAAAUAUUUAUUUUCAUGGUAUGGUUAAUAAUUCUGUUGACAUAUUUAUUUUUAUAUUACUUAUAUGUUCCGUGUUAUCAUUGCAACUUGUUAAGUCCUUGUCCACACUUUUGCCUAACAAGGAGAUAUCUGUGGUCAAUAUGUUCACACUAAAUGUUUGCAUAUAGGCAAAUUCUCCCAAAGUAGAUGUCAAUCAUAUCUAUAGACUUCUAUGCCAAAAGGGUGCCUUUUUGCCAUUCAUUGGCAUUUAUGCUUUGCACUGUAAAGCCUCAUGCACCCAACCGUAUUUUUGGUCCGCCUCUGGUCUGCAUUUUUUGCAGAUUGGACACAUUCAUUUCAAUGGGACACCAUGUGCUGUCUGCAUCCGUACGUCUGGAAAAGAUAGAACAUGUCAUAUUCUUGUCCACUCGGCCGGUAGUCCUGCUUUGCGGAUUGUUGAUUUGCAGACCACAAAACACAUAUGGUUG